AUGGACAGCAACAACAGCAACACUGGGCUCAACUCCCCAGUACCUGCGUUUAUGAGGAGAAGCAGGCCUAAAUUGUUGAACACUGCUCCGCUUUUUGCACCCAGCGACUCAGAGGAGGAUGAGUGGACCCCUCGACUGGAGAGAUGCCCACCAGCAUCCCGGAGCUUCCGACGCCCAACCAGGAGACCAGCAGCAUCUCAGGGAGUCCCUCAGCCUGACAAACCUGCCACACCUGCUACACUUACAGUACAGCAGCCCCCCAGUGGCGAGGAGGCAGGACCCAGUAAUAUGGGGACAGAACCCGCCCAGCCAUUAAUGGAGGAGCUGACAGAAGAAGAAGUGGCCUUCCUCAGAGACGGCAGCCCAGCAGACACCCACAGUGGAGUACAGGAGGGGCUAGGAGCCACGGAGGGUCAGAGUGAAGCGACCCCCAGCACCAGUGGAGGGGAGGCAGGGAGUUCCACAAAGCAAGGGGCUUGUUUGUUGCACCCCAAACCAUCAACCUCAGGCCUGUCUAAGAGAGAGUGGCUGGAAAGGCAGAAAGCAGAGCUGAACACAUACAAGCGCAGCAGAAAUCUGAGAGACAGACCAAGAAUCACUUACACAGAGGAGGAGGUCCCCAAAGAUGAUCACUACCUCUACUGUGAGGACUGCAAGUCUUUCUUCAUGGAGGAGUGUGGGGUCCAUGGUCCUCCCCUCUUCGUCCCGGACAUCCCUGCCCCUCUAGGAACCUCUGACAGGGCCAGACUCACCCUCCCAUCCGGCCUGGAGAUCAGGACAUCAAGCAUCCCUGAAGCAGGACUGGGGGUGUUCAACCAUGGAAACACUGUGCCUGCAGGAACCCACUAUGGACCUUAUGAAGGAGAGAUCACAGACAAGGAACAAGCCAUGGAGAGUGGCUACUCCUGGGUGGUGAGAGAAAUCAACAAGAGCAGACACUGGGACGACUACAUCGAUGCUGGGAGAGACACUCACUCCAACUGGAUGAGUCUCUCCCUCUCUCUUCUCAGGUAUGUGAACUGUGCUCGUGGUGAAGAAGAGCAGAAUCUGGUGUCCUUCCAGUACAGAGGAGGGAUUCUGUACCGCUGCUGUAAGCCCAUAGCUGUUGGAGAGGAGCUGUUGGUUUGGUACGGAGAGGAGUACGCCAGAGACCUGGGCAUUGUCUUCGACUACCUCUGGGACAAAAAGAGCUCUGCUAAAGAUGUGAACGCUGAGUCGUCCCAGGUCCAGAUCUUCUCGUGCUCUGGCUGUCCGUUCUCCUUCACCUCUCAGAUCUUCCUCCACAAGCACAUAAAGAGAAGUCACCAUGAUGAGUAUGUCAGACUGUUGAGGAGUGGAGAGAUCAGAUCAGAGAAUCUCAUGUCCUCCAGCAACUCAACACAGCACCAUGGAACCACCUCAAGUUCCUCCAACCCAGCUCCCACCAGGAAACAGAGCGAGAUGGACAAGCCACGAUCAAACCACUGCUCUCAGUGUGGGAAGAGUUUCACUACAGGGGGUAAUCUCAAAACACACCAGCUCACUCACACAGGAGAGAAGCCAUUUCACUGCUCUCAUUGUGGGAAGAGUUUCACUACAGGGGGUAAUCUCAAAACACACCAGCUCACUCACACAGGAGAGAAGCCAUUUCACUGCUCUCAGUGUGGGAAGAGUUUCAGUCAGUCAGGAGACUUAAAGAGACACCAGCUCACUCACACAGGAGAGAAGCCAUUUCACUGCUCUCAGUGUGGGAAGAGUUUCACUAGUGGGGGUAGUCUCAGAACACACCAGCUCACUCACACAGGAGAGAAGCCAUUUCACUGCUCUCAGUGUGGGAAGAGUUUCACUACAGGGGGUAGUCUCAGAACACACCAGCUCACUCACACAGGAGAGAAGCCAUUUCACUGCUCUCAGUGUGGGAAGAGUUUCACUACAGGGGGUAGUCUCAGAACACACCAGCUCACUCACACAGGAGAGAAGCCAUUUCACUGCUAUCAGUGUGGGAAGAGUUUCACUACAGGGGGUAGUCUCAGAACACACCAGCUCACUCACACAGGAGAGAAGCCAUUUCACUGCUCUCAGUGUGGGAAGAGUUUCAGUCAGUCAGGAGACUUAAAGAGACACCAGCUCACUCACACAGGGGAGAAGCCAUUUCACUGCUCUCAGUGUGGGAAGAGUUUCAGUCAGUCAGGAUAUCUAAAGAGACACCAGUGUUGUAAAAAGAGUAAAGAAGUGGAACUUUAGAUUCUCUUGACAUUGGGACAGUGAUUUAAUAGAAGUGUAAUGUUCCAUCAUGAAACAUGAAGGAUGCGUCUUUAUAUAGACACUGUUGAACUAUUUGGAUAGAAAUUACGAUAUUCAUCAAACUGUCAACACUUUUUUAAUUCUCUCAAAGUACUGUGUCAUUGGAAUAGAAUUGAAUACGCAUAAAUGUAUGAAUCGUAAUUUAUAGUAUGAAAUCUUACAUAAAUUUGUGUAUAAACAUGAACUAUUAAGAAAAUUAUUU